AUGCACCUCAGCAGCUGGCUUCCUAAUUCUGGACUCGAUCCUAAGCUGGACUCUGCGGCAGUUGCCUCCUCGGUGGCAGCACUGCACCCGAGACGCACAUCAAUCGAACCACCCCCCGAAUCCGAUCUUUCUGUUGUUUCUCACCUCAUUGGAGUUCGGGGUGAGGAGAUUGUUAUUGACUUGGGCCACUGCUCCUUCGUCAAUCUCAUUUCAAUGCAGUUAUGGGACCGGGAACCAAGGUCUUAUUCUUACUACGUCGAGGUCUGCCAGUCACUGGACGAAGGACUCUGGCAUCGCGUUGUAGACUACAGUAACUACACUUGCCGUUCAUGGCAGACGCUCUAUUUUUCUGCUCGAAUUAUCCGUUUUAUUCGCAUAGUGGGCACUCGUAGCUCCGUGGGAAAGUAUUUUCACCUUAUAACUUUCCAGUGUCUUUAUACACGGGAAAAAUUCGCGGUUCAACGUGAUCUUUUGAUUCCGCGAACAAAUGUUGCCACAAUUCAGCACGGAGCCACCGUUUUAGAAGGUGUGAGCAGACUCAGAAAUUCUCUGAUUGACGGCGAUGUUAGCGUAUAUAACCUCAAUUACGGAUUUACUUGCCAUCAACUCGGCAACGGAUCCAUUGAUGUCCAACUUUCCCAGCCAUUCUUGGUUUCCUCUAUCCGGUUUCUACUUUGGGACCUAGACAGUCGAGCCUACAGCUAUAUCGUGGAAAUUUCUCAAGAUCGUUUGUCCUGGUCUCUGAUAUUUGACGCCAGUCAACUUCUCUGCCGGUCCUGGCAAACGAUUAAAUUUCCCCUACAGCCUGUUACAUUUAUACGGAUUACAGGAACAGGAAAUACAGCCAAUGAUGUUUUUCACAUAGUUCAUCUUGAAUGCCCAGCAACUACGAUAAAUUCCGAUUCUGGAACGUCUGAUUUCUUCCCCGCAGGAGAGGUCCGUUUUAGCGGUUUGCAGCAGGUGUCUCCACAGCCUUCACAGCCACAAAAUGCACCCACGGCUGCUGGUAGAGGUUCCAGUACUGAUCAUCCUGUUUUUACAGACACUGUGAGUGCUCUUCGUCAUCAGCGGCCGCGGCUGCUUGAAGUCGAGGCUCCGUCAACACCUUCGUCAUCUCUAGUCGCUGAUUUAUCAACUUUUUCACUCCACUCUGAAGCUACUUUAGACGCGACUGGUAUGGAUGCUGGAGGCCAAUCUCUUGAAUUUGGUCCCUCGAUGUCACUUCAUCAGCGAAGACGACGUAGAAGAGGCAAUCGCAGUAAUCAUGAACAGGUGGCUCCGAACGGAAGCGUUAAUGGUGAUGGCAUUGCUUCGUCAUCACUACAUUGCUUUUCGUGCAAUUCGAGAACUACGUCACUGUCGUCCGUUACACGAAAUGACUGUGAUGCACACUUGCUGACAUCGCUCAACAGUGGUGAAAGGGGGAACCAAUUUGAUCUACUUUUAAGAGGAUCAAGUGAUAGUAGCCUAAGCUCGUCGGCUAACAAUCCCUCGGAACAGUCACGAUAA